AUGUUUGAGCUGACGAUGGCGAAGGGAAGCAUCUUACAGGGUGUCCUGGAGGCGAUCCUCGACCUGGUCAAUGUGGCCAACGUCGACUGCUCCAGCAAGGGCUUCUCGCUCCAGGCCCUGGACAUCGAACACGUCGUCUUCCUCUCGCUCUUCUUCCCCUCCGAGGUCUUCCGGUCCUACCGCUGCGACGAAGACUGCUCCAUGCGCAUCGCAAUCGCCGACAUGGUCGAUUUGCUCCGCGCCUCCAACGAUGGUGACAUCAUCACCAUCAAGGUCACCGACCAAAACUUCGAAGACAUUACCAUAACAUUCGAGUCGCCCGACAAGACUAAAACUACGGAUAUGGAUUUGCAGCUUGUGGACGCCAGAAGCCAUCGCCUCAAAAUCUCGGAAUGGCACGAUAUGGAGUCGGAGUACCAGGCCAUUUUCUGCAUGCCCUCUGCGCAGUUUAUGUUGAACUGCAAGUCCCUCAGCGUCAUCGACGACGAUGUUGUCAUCAGGGUGAAUGAGGAGGUCAUCAGCUUCUCUACUAAAGGAAAAAGUGGGUGCGUGAACAUUUCCCAUGUGCCGAACAAAACUGACAAGCCAGAAAAAGCUAGUGUUACCCUUACACAUGUGCGAGGGAUAGUUUCAUUGACCUUGAACCUGAGGUACAUGAAGUCCUGCGCCAAGGUGUCUACCCUGUUUGAUCAAGUGAAGAUCGGUCUCUCCACCAAGCUACCUUUGAUGGUCGAGUGCAAAAUUGCAGAGAAGGGCUACAUCAGGUAUUUCGUGGCACCACUAGAGGAAGAGGAAGGGAAAACAGAGACCGAAGAGGCGGAGGGGGAGGAAGGGAGGCAAAGGAAGAAAGCAAAAAAAAUGAUGAAACAGGAGAUGAGAUGCUGGGCUGAUGAAUAA